GCUAGCUUGCUAGAUUCAUCAUUGGUUAUGAGGAUGGAUACGAGGAGUAAGAGUCGGAUGCAGAUGGGGAGCAGACGGAGGAGGGUGAUGGAGGAAGACGAAAACAAUAAGCUCGAAAUAGUUGAUCUUAGUGGGAUGUGUUUGGAAGCUGUCCCCAAUCUCCCUCUCAAUUUAGCCAUUAUCUCCAAGUUAGACCUCUCCAACAACAAUCUCCAGAGUAUUCCAGAAUCAUUGACAGCACGUCUACUGAACGUUGUCAUAUUAGACGUGCGUUCCAAUCAGCUAAACUCCCUCCCAAAUUCGAUUGGAUGUCUGUCGAAGCUCAAGGUUUUGAACGUGUCAGGCAAUCUUCUUCACUCACUUCCUAGAACCAUAGAGAACUGCAGAUCUCUUGAAGAGCUGAAUGCCAAUUUCAACAAGCUAACCCAAUUACCAGACACAAUAGGAUUUGAGCUGCAGAACCUGAAAUACCUUUAUGUCAACUCCAACAAGCUUUCGUUCCUCCCUCGCUCGACAUCCCACUUGACCAAUCUACGAGUGCUAGACGUGCAUCUCAACUGCCUCAGGUCCCUCCCGGAAGAUCUUGAAAACCUCAUAAAACUUCAAGUCCUCAACGUCAGCCAAAAUUUUCACUACUUGACUACACUUCCAUACUCAAUAGGCCUUCUCAUAUCUCUAGUUGAAUUGGAUGUCAGCUACAACAGGAUCACAGCCCUACCGGAAUCCAUCAUCUGUCUCAAGAAGCUGCAGAAGCUGAGCGUUGAAGGGAAUCCGCUCGUCUCGCCCCCCAUGGACGUUAUCGAGCAGGGAUUGCAUGUCGUCAAAGAGUAUUUGAGUGAUAAGAUAAACGGGACGCAUGAGAACUCGAGUAAGAAGAAUUCGUGGUUUGGGAAGCUGGCGAAAUGGGGUAGCUUUAAUGGCGUAAAUGCAUUAUCUGUUGAUGGUAGAGAAGGGCUCUUUACACUAAGUCCUCGUAGGUCGGUCGAUGGCCUGGCUUCUCCACGGUACAUGGGGAUGUUUUCUCCAAGAAGACUCUUUUCGCCCAAGUCCUAGGUUUCAAGAUGAAGUUGUGCAUACGCACACACACAUUAGUAUAUGAGUCCUUGCUAAGGUUGAAAUAUCCUGGCUUUUCUUGGUCUUUUUUGCUGUAACAUAUAGUAUUGGUGUGCACGCAUGCAUGUGUAACUAAAUACCUUCAUAGUUCAUAGUAUG